CAGCGCGCUGAACGCGCGGGGAUCGGCGGCGGCUCCAGGGGCCAUGGAGGGGGGCUACUCGGCGGACACCUCCACGAAGUGGCCCAGCAACGCGGAUGGCUACACGUUGCUCUCACGCAUUGGCCACGGUGCCUUCGCCACCGUCUACAAGGCCAAAGUGAACUCAGGCCCUGCCGCGAGUUCGGAGGUGGCUGUGAAGGUGAUCGAACUGGAGGAGUUUGCUGACUCGAGCCUUGAAGAAAUUCGGCGAGAGCUGCAAAUGAUGAAGAUGUGUCGCCAUGAGAAUGUCAUUGCCUACCACGUGGCUUUCCCUGCGAAGCGGCAAAUGUGGUUGGUCAUGCCGUUGCUGGAGGGCGGCUCCUGCGCCUACGUGAUGAGGGCCACUGGAGGGCAGUCAAUGGGUUUUGAGGAUGAGAGUGUCAUUUCUUACAUCCUGCGUGAGGUUGCAAAGGCUGUGAAGUACUUUCACGACAACAUGCAGAUUCACCGGGACUUGAAAGCCGGGAACAUCCUCCUGAGCCUUGAUGCUAGGGUUUUUCUGUCAGACUUUGGUGUUGCCGCACCUUUGAGGGACGACAAGAAGCGACAAACCUUCGUGGGCACUCCAUGCUGGAUGGCUCCAGAGGUCUUAGAGCAAACCCAUGGCUAUGACUACAAGGCAGAUAUUUGGUCUUAUGGCAUCACUGGCAUCGAGCUGGCAACGGGGGAAGCGCCCUACCAAAGGAUGCAUCCUCUGAAGGUCAUGAAGAUCAUCAUCGAAAAGGAUCCGCCCAAGGCAAAUAGGAAACUCUCGCACCUCUUCUUAGAUCUCAUUGAGAUGUGUUUGCAGAAAGAUCCCAAGAAGAGACCUACAAUGGAGGAGGUCUGCGCGAGAAACGCCAAGUUCUUCCGGACGGCGGACGCCGAGCCGCUGAAGAAGCUGCUGAGCCGUCUGCCGCCCUUGGAUCAGAGGAUCCCACCGCUUCCGAAAGCGAGAGUGGAGGAGAAGGAGCCACAAGAGCGACCACCUCGAGAGCAAUGGGACUUUGCCGUCGACGAUGGUGAUGAGUUCGAGGGAAUCGGAGAUACUGAGAGCUGACGGCACCCGGACCUGACCGGUUCUUCGGCCGCCAAAUCGGGUGCGGCCAAGCCGCGCCACGGCGGCCGAACAUCGGAGGUCUGUACCGGAGGAGUCUGACCGCACCGGAGGGGGUGGGUCAUUGGGCCCAGAAAACCGCUUCGGGCGUUCGAACUCCGGCCUGUGGACCUGAAAGCAGAUCGAUCAGGAUCGAUU